CUCCAAUCUUCAUCCCCCCUCACCUCUCCAAGAUGGCAGACAACAUCCUCAAAGCGGCCAUCUUGGUCGUCUCCGACACCGCCUCUCAAGACCCCUCCACGGACAAAGUGGGAGACACCCUAACUACUGUCUUCUCAACCGAAGGGGCAAAUAACUGGGGCCAGCCCGUUAUCAAUAUCGUUCCCGAUAAUGUGUUGGAAAUCCAACGCGCCAUCUGCGACUGGACAGACGGCCCCAAUUGGGUCAAUCUUGUGAUCGUAAGCGGUGGAACCGGAUUUGCUACUAAGGAUAUCACGCCGGAGGCCGUGUCGCCUCUCAUCCAUCGCCAUGCAUCUGGCCUCGUUCACGGCAUGCUUGCGGCUUCAUUGAAAGUUACGCCCUUUGCGAUGAUGUCCCGGCCCGUUGCAGGCGUGCGAGACAAGACACUGAUCGUCACCGUACCUGGCUCUCCGAAAGGUGCCAAAGAGAAUCUUGAAGCCAUCCUCAAGUUGUUGCCACAUGCCUGUAGCCAGGCGGCUGGGGCAAACUCCAGAAUGAUCCAUGCGGGCGGGGUCAAAAAGCUCGAGGCUGAGGCAGGUGUGUCUGCUGCGUCUCCCUCUGGUAGCAAGGCGGAUCAUCACCAUCACCACCACCACGGUCAUCACGGCCAUUCUCAUGCCCACGAUCAUGGGCACGGACAUGCCGUCCCUCGGGCACAUACAUCCCCAUCAGAAAGACCACAGUCAAACGAUCCGAAUGCCGGACCCAACCGUCGAUACCGCGAGUCCCCAUACCCGAUGCUCUCCGUCGACGAAGCGUUGAAAAUAAUCAGCCAACAGACGCCCGAACCAGCUGUCAUCGAAGUCCCUGUGUCAAUCGAUCUCGUUGGAUCCGUCAUUGCCGAAGACGUCUACGCCGGGGAGGCCGUGCCGGCAUACCGCGCCAGCAUCGUGGACGGAUACGCCGUUAUCGCACCCGAAUCACAAGAUGCCGGACCUAGCACCAAGGGAAUAUUCCCCGUUGCAUCCAUAACUCAUGCCAACGAAGGUGGAACCCUCACUUCGCUAGAACCCGGCACCAUCGCCCGCAUCACCACCGGAGCACCGCUCCCGCCCAACGCCAACGCCGUUGUAAUGGUCGAAGAUACCGACCUCACCUCAUCGACCCCAGACGGCCAAGAAGAAGCAACCGUGGAAAUCCUCACCGGCGACAUCAAGCCGCAAGAAAACGUUCGUGAACCAGGUAGUGAUGUAGCUCUGGGCUCGCGCAUCCUCCAAAAAGGCGAUCUCAUCACCUCGGUAGGCGGCGAGAUCGGGCUUCUUGCCGCGACAGGGACGAAAACCGUCAAAGUCUACAAAAGGCCCUGCAUCGGAGUUCUCAGCACCGGUGACGAGUUAGUUGAACACAACGACCCUCGCAAGCUCCAAGGCGGCCAAAUUCGCGACUCGAACCGCCCCUCCCUCCUCUCCUGCCUCACCUCAUGGGGUUUCCCCACUGUUGAUCUCGGCAUCGCCCGCGAUACUCCAGUUGGAGAGCUCGAGCAAAGCCUCCGCGACGCCCUCCGCGGCGUUGGAAAAGCCCAAAAAAGCAUAGACGUCAUAAUCACCACCGGUGGUGUCUCCAUGGGCGAACUCGACCUCCUCAAACCCACCAUUGAGCGUUCCCUCGGCGGCACCAUCCACUUCGGCCGUGUCUCCAUGAAACCGGGCAAACCAACUACCUUUGCCACAAUCCCAUUCAAGCCAUCCUCCUCAUCCUCAGCGCAACAACAAGAGCGUGAAACAAAACUCAUAUUCUCCCUCCCCGGCAAUCCCGCCUCCGCACUCGUCACCCUCAACCUCUUCGUUCUUCCUUCCCUCCACAAGCUCAUGGGCAUGGAACAACGGCAGAUCACGCCCGCCGGGAUAUCACCACCCCUGGGACUCCCCCUUGUAUCUGUGUCCUUGGCACAUUCGUUCCCGGUUGACGCUAAGCGCACCGAGUACCACCGGGCUAUUGUAACGGCGUCACGUAAAGAUGGUCGGCUUUAUGCCAUGAGUACGGGAAUGGGAGGGGUGGGACAGAGGAGCUCCAGAGUGGGUAGCUUGGCUAGUGCCAAUGCGCUUUUGGUGCUGCGGCCUGGGGCUGGGAAGGUUGAGAAGGGAGCAUUGGUCGAGGCGUUGAUGAUGGGCCCUGUGGUGCCUGAGAAUUGA